CGCGUGCCGUUCUUACCCGGCGUGCCCCGCGCCGCUGCUUCCGGAAGUGGAUGUCGUCUCCUCCCAAGUAGAGCGUUUGUGCCUGAACUUGGCGGGUUUGCUAAGGCACCGAAGGGCUGCAGAAGCCCGGGGGUCGGGGCGGGCUGGUUGCCGCAAUGGCUGGGAGUCAGGACAUAUUCGACGCCAUCGUGAUGGCGGAUGAGAGGUUUCACGGGGAAGGGUAUCGGGAAGGCUAUGAAGAAGGCAGUAGUUUGGGUGUGGUGGAGGGAAGGCAGCAUGGCACGCUGCAUGGAGCCAAAAUCGGGUCUGAGAUCGGCUGCUACCAGGGUUUUGCUUUUGCAUGGAAAUGUCUGCUGCACAGCUGCGCCGCGGAGAAAGACAGCAGAAAGAUGAAAGUCUUAGAAUCAUUGAUUGGAAUGAUCCAGAAAUUCCCUUAUGAUGACCCUACUUACGAUAAACUCCACGAAGACUUAGACAAAAUCAGAGGGAAAUUUAAACAGUUUUGUUCAUUACUCAACGUUCAGCCCGACUUUAAAAUUAGUGCAGAAGGCUCCGGACUUUCAUUUUGAGGACGAUGGAUGAACAAAGACCCGACAUCAAGACCAGCUGACUGUGUGACGUGCUUAGAAAUGUGAAGGGCCCGCAGCGCUGGGAGGGCAUUGUUGAGUGGGGAGGGCGAGGGUUCCAGUCGGCUGUGGGAGAGCCUCCUUCCCCGGGGUUUGCAGCCCAUGUCAGCUCGGUGCCUGCCUCGGGGCCUCCAUACAUGCCCUUCGUUGGGCUGAAGCCGUCCCUGGCAGCGCCCUUGCUGGCUGCUCCUGGUGGCCGCUCCGGCAGCACAGGCUUGGCUGGUUCUGGGCUGGGGUGGGCUCUGGUUACGGUCGCUCCCCAGGCCUAGACUUGAGGCCAUUUUUUUUUUCUCCCCCAGUGACAGAGGCGGUUGCCCUGAACUAGGCUCGUGGGAGGUUUUGACGGGUGCUGUGCCACAUGUUGAGGCCUUGUGUCCCUGGUGCUGCGGGACACAUGUCUGUGUUUUAUUUAAUUCCUUCCGGAGCCUGCAAGGUGGUUGUUAUUCCCAUUUUGCAGAGGAGGAAGCUGAGACGUGAAGGGAUUGCCUGGCCUGAGGGCACGCGGCAGCAGAGCUGGGACUUCCGUCCCAAGGCCCGUGCCUCUUGCCACCACCAGGCACAGCCUCCUCUGGAAUGCACAGGCUGCCACCUACCGUGCUGGGAGUCCCUGUCCUCCCUCCCAGCCGCACAGGUCCUGCCGAGCCUCAUGGAGCACGGGGGAGUCUGUGGUGGCCAGCUUGCCUGGGCAUCUGGCUGAGAGGAAGAGAGGCCAACCCAGUCCCGAGGGGACCCAGACACAUCCUUCACACUGUCCCCAGAGGGGCAAUGAACCUUGCAGCAUUAGAAAGUGCUGAAGGGGGUAAAUAUGUUGAACCAAAGACCAAAUGUUAGGCCAUCGUAAUAUUUGCAGAAACUGAGAACAUGUGUGCAGCCUCCUGCAUUCUCCCCGCAGCGAGGAGCUCUUCUGUCCCUGUCAGUCCUUACGAGGCGUCACACAGAGGCAGUGAGAGCGGAGUGGAUGGUUCCGUGGGUCCCCAUGAGCUAAGUGGUCCUGUGCAGUGGCAUGUGUUCACACACCGUCCUGAGUGUACUCCCGGGUCAACAGAGUCCCCACACACUGGCUCUCCCCACCCCCCCGUUCCAGGAAGUAUGUCUGAAAGUAGUCCAUGAGAUUACUAAGGAGUUGCCAGGAAUCCGCUUUGGUUUUAAAACCAUUCCAAAUGUCCUAUGGAUUGUGCAGCUGCCGCCUACAAGAGCCAGAGCAGGGACUCCCACGAGAGCAGCAGCAGGCGGACCUUGCCAGUGGCUCAGGAGGAGAGGGUGGUUUUGAGAUGGAGUCUCACUCUGUCGCCCAUGUGAUCUCAGCUCACUGCAGCCUCCACCUCCUGGGUUCAAGUGAUUCUCCUGCCUCAGCCUCCCACCCGGCUAACUGUUGUAUAUUUGAGUAGAGAUGGGGUUUAGCCAUGCUGGCCAGGCUAGUCUCGAACUCCUAGCCUGAAAUGAUCCACCUGCCUCAACCUACCAAAGUGCUAGAAUUGCAGGCGUGAGCCACCGCGCCCGGCCCGCUGUUUUGUUUUUGAAGAUAAGACUUAGGUCUCCUCCCUCCGAACUCCAAACCCGCGUGUGUGGCUGUGCACCCCUUGUUUGCAGCCUCACUUCGCGUCUGGGGAUGUCUGCGUUGGGCUUCACUUCAUGCCUUCGUCCGAGCUGCCGCCUUCCAGCCAGGAAGACUCCCGUUCUUUCUAGAUGGUGGGACCAGGGGGCCUCUGUUGUGUUUUUCUUGGUGGAUUUUUGCAUUUUGUAAGUUUUCUGUUUUGAUAAUGUGUUGUUUUUAUAAUUGGAAAAAAAUAAAUUGUAUAUUUUAAAGCAAAA